UACUUGUCGAUCUCAUUCUCUCUCGUGCAUCUUUGUGUGGUCUGUCCUGUACGUCUACGUCCGUCACUCUCAGAUGUCACGGUUUUAUUUGGAUAAACGUACUCUAUUCAACCCUGGAAACAGCGCACCUAUUCCUACGUACUUUCCAAAGGUUACUGGUUUACCU